CUCGGACUACAGCUCCCGGCGUGCAGCGCGGUAGGGGAGGGGCUACUGUGCGUGUCUCCCUCGUGCAUGCUCGCGGGGAGCUCCGUGAUUGGCCUCCGCCGCCUCGUGCGAUGAGCGUAAUGGUGACGCUGCCAGGCAACCUGGGGAGGAGGUGACAAUAAGAGACAGCGGCCGGGCGGGCGGAGGAGCUGAGCGGCUGCCGGACACCGAGAGCGGGAGCAGAUCAUCCGAGCGACGCUGGCCGUCUGCGCAGAACAAGGACUAACGACGAGGGGCUCCCACAUCCCAUGAACAAACAAGAACGUGAACAGGAGGGGUGCAGCGACGGUCCGGAGUCUGUCCUGAGGCUGCGCCGAGGACACAUGCCAGUCACCUCAGAAGGUACAGACUCCCAGAAUGACCAGUACGAUGAUGUGUGCGCCCUGCUGGCAGAUCCCCCUCCGUCUCCUGCUCAGGAUAGUAACCCGGACAAGUGUCAGAGCGUAGAAGAGCCGGCCCAGGAAGAUGAAGGUUUUAUGGGGAUGGCACCUCUCCUGCAGGCUCACCAUGCCAUGGAGAGGGUGGAAGAAUUUGUCUGCAAGGUGUGGGAAGGCCGGUGGAGAGUCAUUCCUCACGACGUACUUCCUGAUUGGCUAAAGGACAACGAUUACCUGCUGCACGGGCACCGCCCCCCUAUGCCUUCAUUCAGGGCGUGCUUCAAAAGUAUCUUCAGAAUACACACGGAGACGGGCAACAUCUGGACCCAUCUACUAGGCUGCGUUUUCUUCCUGUGUCUGGGGAUCUUCUACAUGUUCCGGCCCAACAUGGCUUUCAUUGCCCCCGUGCAGGAGAAGGUUGUGUUUGGGAUGUUCUUUCUGGGCGCCAUUCUCUGCCUGUCGUUCUCCUGGCUCUUUCACACCGUGUACUGCCAUUCGGAGGGGGUGUCCCGCGUGUUCUCCAAGUUGGACUACUCCGGGAUUGCACUCCUCAUCAUGGGCAGCUUUGUUCCCUGGCUCUACUACUCCUUUUACUGUAACCCGCAGCCAUGUUUCAUCUACUUGAUCAUCGUCUGCAGCCUGGGCAUAGCCGCCAUCGUCGUAUCCCAGUGGGACCUCUUCGCAACCCCCCAGUACCGCGGCGUAAGAGCUGGCGUAUUUGUGGGCCUGGGUCUCAGCGGCAUUAUCCCCACCCUGCACUUUGUUAUCGCUGAGGGGUUCCUGAAAGCUGCUACCAUGGGUCAGAUCGGCUGGCUGCUUCUCAUGGCGACUCUCUACAUCACGGGCGCCCUCCUGUACGCUGCCCGCAUCCCCGAGCGAUUCUUCCCUGGGAAGUGUGACAUCUGGUUCCAUUCCCACCAGCUGUUCCACAUCUUUGUUGUUGCCGGAGCCUUUGUCCACUUCCACGGCGUCUCCAACCUCCAGGAGUUCCGCUUCACUGUGGGCGGCGGCUGCGCAGCCCAGGAGGUGUUGUAGGAGUCUCCCCACCCUUGGAGGGAGCGCGGUCCAAGAUCGACUUCUGCACAAGUUGGUAGGAAGGACAGUCCUUCCUCGCCCGUCGUGUGAGGGGAGACGGCAGCAGACAGACUGUGGAACCUAACAAUCUUACCUCAAAGAUUCAAUACCAAGUGUAUGACGUUUAAUUUAUUCCUGGGGAGUGGGUCACAUAUCUUUUACCCUUUCGGAUUUGGAGGGGGGGUGGGAGGUAUGGUCUCUCCGGCACUGACUCUCUGCUCGAGCUUCCCAUAUAUGGAGAGAAUUCCUGCAGGUCUCUUCUGAGAAACCUCUAUUUAUUUUUAUAAAUCUUCUGGAGCGGGGUCUUGUAACGAUGACUAUGAUUAUUUUCCUGUAACACCUGGUAAGAUUCACGAUUUGUUUCUACGGUGGCUGCGUUGUUCUCUGAUUUCUGGGAAAACAUGUGAGGAACGGUCGGUGAAUUUGUUGUAAAUAAAAAAAAAAAAACUUUCUAAUUUUCUGUUUAAAAUGAAACAAAUUUCUAGACUUUUUUUUAUUUUGUGGUGGGGGGAGGGGAGUAAUAUACGACAAGGAUACAAAAACGUAAUUGUAUAUGAAGAUGAUCUGUACCAUUCACUGUUAAUGGACAUAUUUUGCACACGUAUGGAGCAGGGUGUAACGAUGGCAGGCCCAUGGUGUUACGGCUAUGGCGGAGAAAAGCACGGCCUGGUGGCACGGGUACCCGCGGGCACGGUACAGGAAUGUUGGAUACCGGUGGCUGAUUGCACAGAACUUGGCGCCGUUACUGAGCCGCCGACAAACUGGCAACUUUUGUGUAUCUCAAAAGCUGGACAUAUGUGGUAAGAGACUUGGUGCAAAAUCGUGGACUGAGCGGAGGAUGUACAAGUGCGAGUAACAGCAGAUGAUGCGCAGCACCUGGAAAACAUUAGUCCAGCGACCACAUUCCCUGUGCCAACGCUCGGCUCUCCUGCUGCGGAGUUUUGGGGGAGAACGGAGCAAGCUCCCCGGAAGUCUGCACCAGUGCAGUGUUUAUCAGCUGCCUGCACAGAGACCGGCUUCAGCGCUGCAGGAUACUUGUAUUUAAAGUACUACUGUAUAUAUCUAAUGAAAGUAGACGUGUUACCCGCACAUGGCUGGGGCUGUACAUGAAAGUAAGCCAAGUGUUCCACUACGAGCCAGCAAUGGUAAAUACUGUGACUCCACGGUAUAUAACAGAUGGGUCCACUCUCAUGUAGCAGUCAGUGACAUUAGCAGGACUGAUGUGCGGCAACCGGUGAAUUUACCUUACAUUAACGUCACUUAAAAUUCAAGCGCUGUGUCCAAGUAUAUGGGCAGGGGGGCUACAUCUGGAAACGCAUCAGGGGACUGUAAAACAGGUUCAGUACCUAGUAGGGUGGAGGUCGGGGGAAUAGGGGUCGGUCCGUGGUCCCUGUACGUCUCCGCUCACAAGUGUCAGGUGAUUAGAAGGAAAUAUUUGUGGGUUCUCAUUUAAAACGCCCCCUUUUUGGCCAAGAAUUCCUGUGUCGGAGGCCUGAUGUUAGCAGUAGUGUUCUACUCUAAUGCCCAAGUAUUACCUCAACUCUAUUGGCCACAAGCACUGAAUGGUGGAGAUCAGUGGGGGCUCCAUUAUUGCAGGGAAGGGGUUAAUAACGAGGCUCUGCACUGUGGUCGCUCUCUGCGUAUAGGAGAGAUGAGGUUGCCAGUCCCUUUUUAGACGUUGCGGACUAUGCUAACGGUUUGCCACAAGAAGCACACUAUCCAGGGCAAACGCUCGUGGCUGCACUAGGCACUUUGGGGUACUCUGCCGCCAUGUCUUGUAAACUCUGUAGCACCUCCCCCCCCCUCCCCUCCUGUCACCUUGUCUUCGUCAUAACCUUACAGCAGGAUUGUAAUCUCAGAGCUUCUUAUCCGUGUUAGCAUUAGGCAUUGAUUUGAGCGUCUAUUUUAAGAUCUCCAGAAAAAAGAGAAGACCCUCCUAUGACUAUAUUCCUCCUACAUUGGGGGGGGGGGGGGGUCACAUUGCUGAACAUCCGGAUGAUUCUAUUGGCGUUUGCAGGAAUGGAGAAGCCGGCCGUCUGCAUGUAAUCUGUAAUGGUGCCUCGUCGCUUCCAUUUCAUUUUAUAUUAACCCGUAAGCAUUGUGGUUUUUGGUAAUUAUUUGCCGGCUGUAGAUACAACGCACAGAUGAGGCUUACACCUUUACACGUUAUGUUGCCUGAGCGGCACGGUGUAUAGCAUUACAUGUCUCCGUAGAAGCCUUAAAGGAAUUUUUUUUUUUUUUCCGGUCAUAUAAUCCUCCCCUUACUUUUAUUUUAUUUAUUUUUUCUUAUUAUUCCUCCUAUUCACUUUAAAAAAGAAAAAAAAAAGUUUUCCUUUUAAACUCUGCUCAGCAAGGACGCCGUUAUCAAACUGUGACCUAUAACGUGAGGUGUUGCUGCCCCCCUCUGGCAGGUAGGGGUAAUGUUGCGCUCACCACAUAGGAAUCCUCUACCGGUUCCAGCUACACAGCCACCUUUACUGUCUCGGUUUUCAUGUAGGGGGCAGGGAGGCACACGAGGGUCUUCUUCCUGCCUUUUGUGUCCUUAUUCGAUGUAGCCUAAAGCAUCUCCAGUCCAUCUUCUAACAUUAGUAAAUAGUGGCCUUGUUAAUAUUCUCAUAACUGUUACUAUUUAUAUGGUUUCCUGUGAGAAGCAGCAAAAGCACAUUCAGGGGUGAGUAGCGGUUUUGGGGUUUACUUCUCAUUUCUCGCUGUAUUAUUCACUUUCUGUUUAAAUAAAAUAAUUUACAAAUG